AUGUGGGAGGGUCUCGUAGGGGAAUCGCCUCGCACUAGGCAAUCCAGCGCAAUCCACGCUCAGGCUGGCAGCCAGAAGGCUGAGCUCGAGCCACACGUGGCUAGCGCCCCUGCUCUGGCCAGCGACGUCCUGUUGCGAAAAUCCAUCGAGACGGAUAAAUCCGCCAAGUCGCUCCCCCAACAACAUUCACCGCAUCACCCAAGUCCUUCUCAAGUCACGCUUCAGCAACCAUCUGCGACACGAGCCACCCUCACCGUCACUCCAGAGACGGCCGACGAGCCCAUCGCCAGAAUCACCACACCUCACGUCCAUAUUUUACAAAACCACACGACAUCCAUCAUGGCGGCCAACGCUCAUGUCGCCAGUGCCCACGGCGGUAUUUCCGAUCCUGCUCUCAUCACACUGGUCAACAAGCUCCAGGAUGUAUUUUCGACAGUUGGUGUCAACAAUCCCAUCGACCUUCCCCAGAUCGCUGUUGUCGGCAGUCAGUCCAGUGGAAAGAGUUCCGUGCUAGAGAACAUCGUUGGUCGCGACUUCCUGCCGCGAGGUGCUGGUAUUUGCACACGACGACCGCUUGUCCUCCAGCUCAUCAACCGACCGGCACAAGCCUCCAACGGCGUCAACGACGAGGUCGCCAACAGCUCCGACAAGGCCGCCAACAACGACGAGUGGGGCGAGUUCCUCCACAUCCCGGGCCAGAAGUUCUUCGACUUCAACAAGAUCCGCGACGAAAUCAGCAGGGAGACUGAUGCAAAGGUUGGCCGAAAUGCCGGCAUCUCGGCGGCGCCGAUCAACCUGCGUGUCUACUCUCCCAAUGUCCUUACCUUGACUCUUGUUGAUUUGCCUGGCUUGACCAAAGUUCCUGUUGGUGACCAGCCCAGGGAUAUCGAGAGGCAGAUUCGCGACAUGGUGCUCAAGUACAUCUCGAAGCCAAACGCCAUCGUCCUUGCUGUAACCUCAGCCAACAUCGAUCUGGCAAACUCUGACGGUCUCAAGAUGGCGAGGGAGGUGGACCCCGAGGGCCAAAGAACUAUCGGCGUCUUGACCAAGAUUGAUUUGAUGGACGACGGAACCGAUGUUGUAGACAUUCUGGCGGGUCGCAUCAUCCCCCUGCGUCUCGGCUACGUCCCUGUCGUCAACCGAGGACAGCGCGACAUCGACAACAAGAAGGCCAUCACGAGCGCCCUUGAAGCUGAGAAGAACUUCUUCGAGAACCACAAGUCAUACCGCAACAAGAGCUCCUACUGCGGUACACCGUACCUGGCGAAAAAGCUUAACCUCAUCCUUAUGAUGCAUAUCAAGCAAACGCUUCCUGACAUCAAGGCUCGCAUUUCCAGCUCUCUACAGAAGUACACCUCGGAGCUGGAUAGCCUCGGCCCUAGCAUGCUUGGCAACAGCGGCAAUAUUGUUCUGAACAUUAUCACCGAGUUUACGAAUGAAUGGCGUACGGUUUUGGACGGCAACAACACGGAGCUGUCGAGCACAGAGCUGUCGGGUGGUGCCCGUAUCAGCUUUGUGUUCCACGAACUGUACUCCAAUGGUGUCAAGGCCGUCGAUCCGUUUGAUGUCGUCAAGGAUGUCGAUAUCCGCACUAUCCUUUACAACUCCUCGGGCUCUUCGCCUGCACUCUUUGUAGGCACGACCGCCUUUGAGCUGAUCGUCAAGCAGCAGAUCAAGCGACUGGAAGACCCUAGCCUGAAGUGCGUGUCGCUCGUCUAUGACGAGUUGGUUCGCAUCCUUUCACAGCUUCUUGGCAAGACGCUGUACAGGAGGUAUCCCCAACUCAAGGAGAAGAUGCACGCUGUCGUCAUCGGUUUCUUUAAGAAAGCAAUGGCUCCCACGAACAAGCUUGUCAAGGAUCUUGUCAGCAUGGAGGCUUGCUAUGUCAACACUGGACACCCUGAUUUCCUCAACGGCCACCGUGCCAUGGCAAUCGUCAAUGAGCGGUACAACCCCGCCAAGCCUGUGCAGGUCGACCCCAAGACCGGCAAGCCUCUGCCCGGCGGAACACCCAGGGCUCAGUCCCCAACUGUGCCUGAAAGCGACGCCAACGGUGGUUUCUUCGGCAGUUUCUUCGCAGCGAAGAACAAGAAGAAGGCGGCCGCGAUGGAGGCCCCUCCCCCUACGCUCAAGGCCUCUGGCAUGCUUUCUGAGCGCGAGAACAUUGAGGUCGAGGUCAUCAAGCUGCUUAUCUCAUCUUACUUCAACAUUACGAAGCGUACCAUGAUCGACAUGGUUCCCAAGGCUAUCAUGCUCAAUCUUGUUCAGUUUACCAAGGAUGAGAUGCAAAAGGAGCUCCUGGAGAAUAUGUACCGCAGCGAUACUCUCGACGACCUGCUCAAGGAAAGCGACUUCACCGUGCGCCGGAGAAAGGAGUGCCAGCAAAUGGUCGAGUCCCUCGCGCGGGCCAGCGAGAUUGUCAGCCAGGUUCAGUAG